UUGUUUUAUUGUUUGGUUGACCUUUCUCGCGGUAAUACUGGCUAACACGUGUUCACCUUGGCAUCAGACGUGACCAAGAACCGGGAACGUGCGUUGAACAGAAACCGAGCAUUUGUGGUUUUCGUGAGAACCAAGUUGAAGUUCUCUUCGCGUGAAUCGAGGGCUCGUCAUGGCCAGAUGGAAGUCGGGGGUUUCCGGAUGGGUGCAGAUGUUGUUAAAUACUUUCCUCUUUACUUUGGUAACCGAGGAUGCGACGCAAGAAUCGGUUACCUCUGAAGACACCACCGCGGCCACUCUUGUUGAAGACACUAAUGUCGAUAGUCUAUCAAAAGUGAAACUACCACGAAAGCUGCCUUCGAUCAUCGAGAUAAAAAAGAGGCUGCCUAGUCACUGUUUUGAUCGCCAGACAUCCACGUCUAUGUACUACAUGAUACGGGACUUCGUUCAGGUGAUUGCCGCGUACUAUGUGGGCGAGUUUCUGUGGAACAACCUGAGUCCGGCGGUGUUGGUGGUCGUCGCGCCCGUGUUCGUCUUCGUUCAGGGGACGUUCUUCACGUCGCUGUUCGUGAUCGGCCACGACUGUGGGCACCGGUCGUUCUCCAACUACCGCCUGCUCGACGACAUGGUCGGCAACGUGACACACACCUUCCUGAUGACGCCGUUCUACACGUGGAAGCUGACGCACAGCCACCACCACAAGAACACUGGCAACAUCGACCGCGACGAGGUCUUCUACCCCGUCAGGAGGAAGUACGACACGGGUGGGAAGGUCCUGCCGGGGUUCGGUCUGGGGAUUGGCUGGUUUGGGUACCUCAUCACUGGGUACAAGCCGCGCAACGUGCCACAUUUCGACCCCUUCCAGCCCAUGUACCGGAAGCAUGUGGUCGCUUGUCUCGUGUCGCUGGUCUCGAUGGCCAUCUGGGGGACGUGUCUGUACCGGUACGCUGUCACUGUCGGCUGCGCCAAGUUCUGCUACCACUACUUCGGCCCGCUGUUCGUCUUCGCGACCUACACCGUGGUGAUCACCUUCCUGCAUCACCACGACGACGACAUUCCAUGGUACUCGGACCACCUGUGGGACAACGUCCGCGGCCAGCUGAGCUCGAUUGACCGUGACUACGGCAUCGUCCACUACGUGAUUCACAGCAUCGGCACGCACCAGGUGCACCACCUGUUUCCCAAGAUGCCGCACUAUCACCUGGAGGAAGCAACGCAGGUGUUCCGCAAGGAAUUCCCCGAACUCGUGCACUUGAACAAGAGCCCCAUAUUCCCAGCGUACUUCAAUAUGUUCGCCCGGUGGGCGAAGCAAUGUAUAAUUGCAGACGAUACUGAUGUCCAUAUAUACAAAUGAUUGUUUUCUAACAAAUUUCUAGAAUCAAAAUUAUCUAAUUUAUUGUGUGCUGUUGUAUUGCAUGAUAACCCAGUACUGACCUUUGAAAUUAACGUACAUUUUCACAGGGUUUUUUUUUUUGCCAGUGGGUAUGAAGGGUAACAAUGUUUAAAUCCUAAAAUAUUUGAAAGUAAUGGAUAUAUUUUUAUAAUUUUUUAUUUUAGAAAGAUGAUAGUAAGAAAACUGCUGUUUAUAAUUUGUUAAAGCACAUAAAAUGCGGUGUCCAGUUUCGAAACAUUUCAAACCCAUAACCACCUACAUUAUGUUUUUAUUACGUACCCAAAAAUUAUUUUCUGGCAGAAAGCCUGAAUUAUAAUGUAAAAAUCUAUUGUGAAUUAAGGUAUUUCCUCUUAAAUGUUCUUGUUCCUCUUAGUUUUUAAAAUAUUAAUUUCUUCAUAUUAUCUUCUGUUCCAAGUGCACAAACAUGCACUGUAAUCUGACAUUCCAUUGCCCUAACUUUUCAGAUUAUAUGCUGGAAUGUCCUUGAAUUUUGUGAUCUUAAAAUCCAGGCCUGGAAUGUCCUGGAAAAAGCAAUAAAUUUUAUUGUCUGGAAAUUUAUAUUCAGACAGCAAUUUGUUAUAAAAACAUUCAUUGUUAUAAAAACAUUCAUUAAUUUUGGGUGCUGGAAAAGUAAAAAAAAUAAAAUGUCCUGGAAAUGUCCUUUAAUUUUUUUUUUAAGUGUAAAAACCCUGUGGAGAGAGGAAGUAAAAAAAAUGCCAGUGAUAUUCCAUUAAUUGGUUGUAAUUGAAAAUCAAUCGAUGUUCGAAAUAAGCACUUGUCCGUUUGUCCCGACAAGUGAAAAUCUAUCCGGACAAGCAAAAUGUGCCUUGGUGGUUGUCCAGUGGACAAGUAAAUCAAUUCAGCGCAGUUUCCUUUUGAGCAAUCACAAACAUCCUGGUACAUCCUGGUACAUAAAACAAUCCAUUUAUUUGGACAAGUGAAAAUAUUGGAGGACAAAUAGAUUUCUAGAUGUAUUUGUCCGGUGGACUAGUAAAUGUUUUUGAUUAUUUCUAUCACUGUCAAUAAUUUUGCCUGUUCUGUUGUGAUGAUUGUAUAUUUGAAUUUUUUUUAAUAAAAAUAAAUUGUCACCGGAAAAUAUUAACUAAUGGUUCCUGCAGUAUGAAUGAUAAGACUUCAUGUAAAUAUUUUGGGGUUUAACAGAGCCCUGUACAUUAAUUGCUAAAUUAGCCAACUGCUAAAUUUUAUACAAAGUGCUACAUUUACAUCUUUGGCGAAUCAAAUAUUCCUUAACUCGCCGAAUUCACCAAUUGCGAAUUUAAGAUACAAUCAAAUUGGCGAAUUUUAUUUUAAUUUGGCGAAAUAAUUUUAUGAAAUAAAUGAUAUUUGGUAGAAAAUAACUGGGUUUCUUCCAUUUUUGAAGUUUAGUAGGUAAUUUGGCGAAAUUUUCUGCUAACCCAGAGCUAGUCCUGUUUUUCGUGUGUACAUGUAUGUUUGUUAAGAAAACUGAUGUUACAACUGAUAUUAAAAAUAAAAUGAGUGAUUUGGGGUUCUUUCCCGGUGAACACUACAUGUACUAUACGUGCAUAGUCAUCAAAUCUCAUUUUUAAAGUUUAUAUUUAAUUCUAACCAAUGGUACAAUUGAAAGUUUGUGGAUUGAUGCAAAUCGAUAAUAACCAAUAAUCCGUAAUGAAAUUCUAACUGGUUACCAAAUAGCCAAAGUGUUUUAAAGGGGACACUUGUCUGUCCUGACAGCAUGCGCUACAACAGCUUGCUCUGAAUGUGCACGUAAAGCCCUAUGACCUGACCUGACCUGACAAGUGAAAAUUUACUCAGGCAAGCACAAUGUGCCUCAUUGGGUGUCCAGUGGACAAGUAACAAUGUUCACUGCACUUUCUUUUUGAGCAAUCAAAAACAUCAGCAAUACUGUUUAAUAAAAAAAAUAAACAAGUAAAAGUAUUGGCGGACAAAUAGAUUUAUAUAGUCCGUCCCAUCAUUCUACAAACAUGUAUUUUGUAAAUAAUUUUAGUUUGGUAUGACGUACGAAAAAAAGUAAAAAUGUUUUGGAAAUAAA